AUGAAUGAGCCAUGUUCAACCAACACCUCCAACAGAAGAGAUGCUUCAUCAUCGCUUGACGGUCAACCAGACGACUUCACAGAGCAUAGAGAUGACAACAAUCCAAACCUUCCGCUCUUACAUAGUCACAGACAUUCUGCUACGUCCGGCAGUACCCUGUUGACUCCAGAUAACACUCUCGACGAUGAAGAGGCAAACAAAGUAUUGGCCAAGAUUGACAGAGCCAUCAUUCCAUUACUGUUCAUAAGCUAUGUGUUAAAUUUCAUGGACAAGGUCAUCCUAUCCAGUGCUGCUGUUUUUGGACUUAGAGAGGAUACUCAUCUCAAAGGCCAGCAAUACAGCUGGGUUGGCAGCGUCUUUUACCUAGGUUAUCUCCUAUGGACAUAUCCAACCACUGUUCUCGUUACACAUCUGCCAACUGGGAAAUAUCUCACAGUAAACACACUAUUUUGGGGCUUGGUCGUUGCACUCACUGCGGCGUGCCAUAACUUCGGCGGCCUUUUGGUCACACGAUUUCUCCUGGGCGUCGCAGAGGCUACGAUGACGCCCGGUUUCAUGUUUCUGACUUCAACUUGGUAUACGCGCGAUGAGAUGCCGACUCGUGUUGGAAUCUGGUUUUCUGGGAACUCUGUUGGAGGCUUGGUAGCCAGUCUCCUUGCAUUUGCAGUUGGUCACGUCGAUGGAGCAUCGAUACGACCUUGGAGGUGGAUGUACAUCAUCUUGGGCACCACGACUUUUAUGUGGGCAAUACCUUUGUUUUUUCUUCUUCCAGACAGCAUUUCUAAAGCUCCUUUCCUCACGCCUAAGGAGAGAAGGAUCGCGGCACAGCGUGUAGAAUCUUCUGGUACUGGUGCGACUGAACAUACGAAUUGGAAAUGGGACCAGGUCCGUGAGUGCUUGAUUGACCCCAAGUCUUGGUUCAUCGUGGGCAUCGAGCUAUUCACGCAGAUUCCGAACGGCGGAUCACAAAGCUUUGCGAAUAUCGUGGUCGAGUCUUUCGGAUUCACGAAUUUGCAAUCCACACUCAUCAACAUACCUUACUCACUUCUAUCAGCAGGUAUCAUAUCAGGAAGCGGAUACCUGGCUGGCCGAUUCCGUACGUUGAACUGCAUUUUGAUCGUCUUUGUUAUCAUGCCAUGUGUUAUUGGCAGUGCAAUCAUUUACAAACGAGACAAUGUGCCUCACAGCAUCCAUCUUUUUGCCUACUUCCUCCUCUCGAGCGGAUCUGCAGCAAUGCCUCUCAGCAUGGCACUUGUACAAUCGAAUUAUCGAGGCGUUACCAAGAAGAUGACCAUAACGGCCAUGCUGUUCAUCACAUAUUGUGUUGGAAAUAUGGCAGGUCCGCAUUUCUUCCUGGAGUCUGAGGACCCAUUGUAUGAGACCGCAUUCAAGGCUAUCACUGUCUGUUACAGCUUGGCUACCGUCUGUGCUGUAUGCUUAAGAACCUAUCUCAAAGGUUUGAAUGCAAGACGAACAAGAGAAGAGGGUAUCGUUGGAAGUGCUGGCUCAGGGGGUGUUGUACGAGGGGAUGUUCAGGGGCAUCGAGAUUUCUCGGACCCUGAAUCAGAUGUGACGGAUUGGCAGGUUGUCGGUUUCAGAUAUAGACUUUGA